CUUUACUCAACAGGAUUCUGAUUCUGGUUUACAAUAAAUACAGGUAUCAAGCAAUGAAGCCAACACGCGGAUGCACGCGCGACCACCACAUUGCAAUGCCUUCCUUCUCCCUCUGGUUUUCCUCCGCCUCAAGAACAGCAAGUUAGUUCCCUCACAUAUGCUCAUUCUGUAACACACAGCCUCUGCUUAGCUUAACGUUGCGUUAACGAUCCGUUUGUGGGGGCACGAGAUUAGACUUUGCGUGAAACACAGCAAUUUCACCACUGUCUGAGCGUUACAAGACAAAAGAAGACAACCGGCACAUGAUUGUGGAUUACUAUAUUGUAUUAUCCCUUUCCAGUACUUGAUUCAGAUUUAUGAGUUUCAUAUUAAACACCAACAGAAACAAGAACCUUCUUGCGAGCUCGAGCUAAAAGAUCUGCUGUCAAGUAGCUACCUUAUUUGCCCUCCGGCUUUCUGCCUCCUGAAUCCCUUUAGAUUCCGAACUGAAGCUACUACUGGAAUUGGAAUUCGCUUCGAGUGACGAGAUUGUCUUGGUGGGCUUCAUAUUAGGACAAGGAACGUGAUUUGGCCGUCUUGUUGAUUCUGCUUAUGGCUGGUGAUUUAUAAAGUGAGAAUUAUGGCUGGGGAGAUUGAAGAAACGUUCAGCUUUAACUUUCAGGCAGAUUCUAUACAUUCAGGCUCCAUCUCGUUUGGGAGAUUUGAAAAUGAACCUUUAUCUUGGGAAAGAAGGUCCUCAUUCUCUCACAAUAGGUACUUGGAAGAGGUUGAGAAAUGUUCAAAACCAGGUUCAGUUAUUGAGAAGAAAGCAUAUUUUGAAGCUCAUUUCAAGAAGAAGGGCCUUUUAGGUUUCAAUAUACCCGUGAGUCAGGAUGGGUCUGAUCAAACAACCAGUGAAAAUGACGGUUCAGAGAGAAUUAGCAACCAAGAGGAUUUUGAGUCAAAUGAAAAUGUUCAUGGUGUUCAUUUUGAUCGAAGACUCCAAGAGGAUUUUGAACCAAUUGAAGAUGACCAGUUUGUUCAAUUUGAUCAAAGAUCAUUGGAAGAUUUUGAGCCAAUUGUAGAUGACCAUUAUGAUCAAUAUGAACAAAGAUCUUUUGAGGAUUUUGGGCCAGAUGAAGAUGGCGAUCGUAUUCUAUUUGAUGAAGGACCAGCUGGUUCAGAUCCUAAUGGAGGGAAUGGAGAGACUGGAUAUGAAAAGGAAGAUUUGGUCACAGAAGGACCAAGAGUUUCAUCAUCUAACCAGCAUAUGGAAUUCGCUAUAAACAAUUAUGAUGUUUUGGAGGAUGCUAUUGAUAAUACCAGAAUUUUGGAUGAAGCUCCAAAACCUGAAAAUGAGACAAGCAGCACAAUAUCAGCUGAUGACACAACGGUUGUAGAAGUGAAAAGGGACCAUGAUGAUACUGUAAAUAAUGAUGAAUCAUUAAGAACCAUGAAUGCGACUGAACCAACUAGAGGCGUUGAGCAAGCAGCUAUGAAUGAUCCUCCAAGUCCCUCUCCCAAGGAAACAAAGCCAGAGCAUGGGUUGAGCUCUGUAGCCACAACUGUUCAAGUCCGGACAAAGAGUUCGGCUAGAUCACCCAAGGGCUUGGCAAGAAAUUCUAGUAGAGAGAGUCCAAGGAAAACCAAUGUGGGAAAGAAUUCAUCGAAACUUGCAACGCCAAUGACUCAUUCAAUUAACAAGACUCCAAAAGAAGUUCCUAAAAGUGAGAGAAAAGCAACAUGUGAGCGGAAAAGUGAAAAAGUGCUGGCAAUAAAAAAGGCUGCAGAAUCCCAACCUUCUGUUUUAAAAGCUAAUUCUAGAGGAAUCCAAGAGGCCAAAAGGGUGAACCCAACUGUCCAUUCAAGUUCAACGAACUCUGAGGCUAGGCCAAGGGAUGCAGCUUUUAACUUCAAAAGUGGUGAACGAGCAGAAAGGAGGAAAGAGUUCUACCUGAAGUUGGAAGAGAAAAUGCAUGCAAGAGAAGUACAGAUGAAUCAAAUGAAAGCAAUAUCAAAGGAAAAGACAGAAGCAGAGAUUAGAAAACUCAGAAGAGUCUUAACUUUAAAGCGACACCUAUGCCUUCCUUUUAUCGCACAGCUGCUGCUUCAGAUUCAGAUGUGAAUAAGGCUAUAUCAGAUAAAAACAAAAGCAAGAAAGUACAGAAUAAACCAAAAUGUGCCGCAGUUUCCUCAAAUUCAAAGAUAAGAAGUAGAAAUGAUCAAGCUGCUUGGGAAUCUGUAACAUCAGCCAAGCCACGUAGCAUCUCAUCCUCCGAGGCUAGUGUGACCUCUCCAAGUCCUAUGGCCAACCAAAGCCGUCCCGUUGAUUCAAGACAAACGGCUGGAUUCCGAGAAGGAAGGAACGAGCAAAGGCCGCGUGGCAAAACCAGAGUUUCAGAGAGCAGCUUUAAGGAGGCCACAAGGCCAAACAGUAGAGAGAAGCGAACUGGGCACACUCCGAAACACAGCAUUGAAACAACAAGGAAGAAUAUUGUGAGGAGCAUUGAUGUUAGAAGCAGUUCUAGAAUUGGUAGUCUCACUGUACGUGUGGCUUCCUGAAAACUUUCUUCUCUUCAUCUUCAAACUGAUCCUCUGCGUUCUCCAGGAUUGCUAUCAUCUUACUUUUUGUCGUCCACAAAAUGCAAUGUAAUGAUUGCACCACAGGUUCUCCUAUGAUAUUGUUCUUCUAUAAUAUUUUAUAAUAUUAAAGUUACUAAUAAGUCAAUGUUGCCUGUAGCUAUGGUAAAUAAUGGGCAUGUUUAGUACCGGUGUCUUGAACUGUAUCUAUCCGGGCAACCCUUCAUGUCAAAGAAUUGUCUUCAAUUUAUUCAUCGGAAAAUGAAUGGGAGAAUUGUCUUUAAA